AUGGCGCUAUUCAUUAUAUGUAAGACCCUGAAGAAGGAAGGCCAUGCCUUCCGAAAUAUUGGUAAAAAUAUAUAUAUAUUCCCGACUGUCAAAUCAGCUUUGCAUUUUUUGUCAUAUACUUUCACUUAUUGCUGAUUAGAAUCUUUUAUUAGGAUCCGGUACUUCUUUUUUGUAAGAUGGUCCUUGCUUCAAAAAUUGAAUUCGCUCUAUAAAUGCAUUUUAAUUUUUUAACAUUCGUUUUAAUUAAUUUUUAUCUAUUCAUUUAAGAUCAUUCAUAGAAAUUUGGUCAUAGCCUUUCUUUGCUUGAAUGUUAAAAUGGACUAAGUAACACUGAAGAUAGGAAAGACCCCCCCUCAAGGUUUUAAAACUGUAAUGAGCUUUUCUUUUCCGCUUUAAAAGCUGUGGAAUUACAAAUAUUUGCAUUUUUGCAGCUUAUUUUAUCAAAAUGCAUAGCAUCCACUCCAGCUACUAACGAACAUGAUAUACGAACGAACACCAGAACGAAAUUUCUUUUGCCAAAAACUCCCAGCUGACGCCACGACUAUAAGAUGUGUACAAAAUAGCUGAUGAAUAGUAGAUCGAUCGAUCAUUCAGCAAACCAAGUGAUCCUGAAACACGGCACACAUUAUACUAGGCUUUUCAUGCGCAUACAUCAGUGAGUAUCACAUCAACGAGCUUCGGACACCUACAACGAAUACCUACAACCGUAGACAUGAAAUUGCAUUCCGUGUCUGUGCUAAUCGUGGUUUUGUUAAUAAUCAUAGCCACUUGGAUGGCGUUUGAAAAGGUUGGCAAUACGUUACGUUUAACACCUCAACGUUGUUGAAUUAUGACUGUCACCGGCGAAGACUGAGUCGUUUUUUGGGCUGAACAGUUUCAUAUUUAUUUUUUCCUUUUUAUCAGAGGUUUGCUGAGUCGAGGAAGGACAAGACAGCUCGAUUUCAUCGCCAUGGAGAUUCCACUCCAAGGAAAGAUGUAAGUUACAGUGAGUUUCUAUCGCAGUUACCAUGAAAAAUAAAUUUGUGAAGGGAUAAAAAAGUAAAUAAGCGUCGCUAAAAGCAUUUUAUUAUUUUAGUAAUUAUGACUAUGACUAUCACCACACGCCUGACGUUUUUUAUUUAUUAAUUUUGCUAAUUCAUCUUUUCUUAGUAAUUCCGUCAUAGUGGAAGCUGUUGGGUCAUUUAAUUUGUGUUUGACAUAAAUCGGAGUUUUCUAUUUUUAAAAUCCAAGUUUGCUUUCUUGAAAAUUGGAGUUUGUUUUCGAAAAUCGGUGUUUGAAAGUCGGAGUUUGUUGUCGAAAAUUGGAAUUUUGCCACCUGUGUUUGAUUGAAAUCGGAGUUUGCUAUUCAAAAAUCCAAGCUGGCUUUUUCUUGACAAUUGGAGACAGUUUCGAAAAUAGGAGUUUGUUUUCGAAAAUUAGAGUUUGCCAUCUGUGUUUGAUUGAAAUCGGAGUUUGUUAUUUAAAUAUUAUGAAUCCAAGUUAUUUUUGUCUUGAAACUUGGAGUCAGUUUCGAAAAUAGGAUUUUUUUUUGAAAAUUGAAGUUCAGACAUCUGUGUUUGAUUGAAAUCGGAGUUUGACUAAGUUAGCCGAGUUCUUUCUUGCUAAGGAAUCAAAGCGUCUUGAAAAGAACUUACCUUUUUUGCGAAUCCUCAACACUCGCCAUUUUGUCGACCGCACAUAGCACAAGACAGCACACUGAGACUGGGACUAAAGCUCAGGUGACCCUCGAAAACAAACUCAUAUUAUUUUUCUUGGUGAUAACAUGCUCUGAAGUUUGUGUCGCGAAGAAAAUGUUAGAGAAAUGUCUUUUAUUGUAUAUCUUUUGAUAUUCGAAAGCUUCCGCACAACACAGUCGAGAAUAGCUCGAAUAGACCUUUACAAAGAUUAGCUACAUGUUCAAGCGACUUGCGGCUUGCAUUUUGUGGUUCUAAGAAAUAUCCAUUCUCUCCUCGGUGGGCAUUUUUGCUUUAGACAACCGCCCCCCUCUCCCCCCCGAUCCCCACCCUCUAGAAUCCCCGUCACUUUCCAACACGGUUGGUUUCCCCCUGUGGGAAAAAUAUUUCCGUCAAAAAAUGCUGUUGCGCUAUACUAUUAUGGGAAAGAAUUUGCCCCCUCCGGACCCCGGCCUCCCCCUUCGGAAUUUCCGUUGCCCUCCUUUGGAGGGAAGAUAUGGAUAUUUUUGGAAUUAGGAAUUCACCAUUUUCCCCGAGGCCAUAAGGCACCUUAUUUACCCCCAAAAUUUUGUAUAACCAUUGUCUUCGAUUCCUUCAGGGAAGACCAUAAUACCCAGGAGAAUUGAAAACAAUGGUUAAUAUGUAAAAGUUUUGGAAGGUGCACUAUGUAUGGUCUCGGUGACUGAAAUGGUGAAUUAGAAAAAAAGAACAAGAAAAAAAAUCUCGUCUUGCUUUGCCCCAGCAUAUGCUAUCCAUGUUUUAUCAUAUUUAGGACUUUCGAUUUACCAGAUGUAAGAGUCAAAUGGACUGCAAUAGAGGCGAGUGCU